AUGGCGAAUGCUUUUGCACCCUGGCACCUGGGUCAGAACUACAAUUCCGAGUAUGAGGCCGCCAUCAACAACCAGAUCGCCUUGGAGCUGCACGCCUCCUACAUGUACAUGUCCAUGGCCUCCUACUUCAACCGUGGAGACGUGGCCUUGAAGCACUUCAGCCUGUUCUUCCUUCAGCAGUCGAACAAGGAGAGGGAGCACGCGGAGUAUCUGUUGGGGCUGCAGAACCGGAGUGCCGGCAACCCCUUCCUGUGGAACAUGCCCAGACCUGAGGAAGAGAACUGGGAGAAUGGCCUGAGGGUCCUGGAAUGCGCCUUGCAGCUGGCGAAGAAAGUGCACCAGAGCCUGCUGGGUCUGCACCAUAUGUCCAAAGAGAAGCAUGGCCGCGUCUGCAACUUCCUGGAGCGUGACUACUUCCAUGAGCAAGUGGUGUUCAUCCAAGAGUUGGGGGACCGCGUCACCAACCUGCGCAAGCUGUGGGCCCCGGAAGAGAGCCUGGCAGAGUACCUCUUCGACAAGCUCACUCUGGGCAACACUAAGAACUGA